CGCCAACAAUCAUCAUCGCCCCUGUUCGAAGGACUGCCCACCAUCCAUUGCUUGGUUGUGUUGGCGUUGCUGCUGUUUGGAUUGUUUGUUUGAACCACAUACAGCAACCAGCAGCAGCAGAUUCCUCGUGCCUCAAACCCUCCUCGCGCGCGCUGGUUGAUGUGAAUGUCGACGAUGCUGAAAGGUGGAGAAACAGCAGGCCCAAAGAUGGGCCCACCGCUGCUGAUUCAACCGAAGAGCGCCUCAGACCUGGUGAAGAAGAGCCGGCUGGGCGUGGCUGAGCCGUACGUCGUGGCGAAGUUGACACAAGUUGACCCAAUGGUUGUGUCGAAGCCCUCCAUGUGUGGAACUCGCGCCCGCACACGACAUGCCGUAGGAUUGAACCCAACGUGGGACGACGUGCUGCAGCUCAACUGGAAAGUCGAAGGCCACAUUGAUGAACACAACGGCCCGCACUACUUCCUCCUUCUGCAAAUCUUUGACAGACAUCGCCUUGGCCGUGACAGCUUCCUCGGACAGGCGGUGUUGAAUCUGCGACUGCUGCCCCCGAGUGCACGCUCCUUCUCAGACACGCCCGCCGUGCUGAACAUUCCCCUUCGCCCGCGCACAAGAAAGCAGCGCGUCAGCGGCCACCUGCGUGUUGCUGUCGGCUAUGACCUGGGCGCUGUAGGUGGAGGCGCAGGCAAGCGCACGACAGCAGCGACGAAACGCGGCCAGCCCGAGUCGUUCUCGGCGUCGCCAGCAGCCACAGCGCACGCACAGCCGCUCGAUCUUGGCUUUGCAAAGAUGGUGGGACAUGCGGAGCCAUCGUCCGCAACGACUCACGCACGGGAUGGCCGCGAUGACCGCAAUGGCAGCGGGACGGCGACUGGCGGCACCGGUGCUGUCUCAUCAGCAGAGGCGGCCAGAGCAGCAGCGGAAGACGCAGUGGAACUGGACGAACCAUCCACAGAUGACGCAAUCGAGCAACGCCCCCUGCCUGAAGGGUGGGGCACGAAGACAGACCGCCAAGGCCGGCUCUUGUACGUGAACCACAAGCUGCGGCGCGUGACAUAUCGCCACCCACUUGAUAUCCGCCGCUCAAGCAGAAGAACCAGCAGUGGAAGCGCGCGCAUAUACUGCGCACAAGUGUCGCCGCACCCCCGUGGUGACACGGGUGAUGCAAGCGACACGUGUGAGGACGACGUGUUUGUGCAGGUGGAGGAAGUGCCGAUUGCCACGACCACCACCACGACCACCACCAGCAAUGACGACGAACAUACACGUGCACAUGACGCAUCACACGGAAGCAGCGCCGGGCGCGGUGUCAACGAUGUGAGCAGCGCCGAUGGCCGAGGUGGCCACGACACCAGCGAUGAGCAAGGUGGCCGUCAUGCAAAUGACGAUGGCGCUGCGGUGGAGUCGUCGACGUUUUCUGUUGAGGACGCGCUGCCGCCGGGCUGGGUCAAGUCCAAGACGGCCACGGGCAGGGUGUUCUUCAUUGACCACAACACGAAGCGAACAACCUGGGAUGAUCCACGCACACAUUACCGACGGAUGGGUGUUGGUGAGAAUGCGGUGAACUUGCCGCGCGUGCGUCGGUUGCAGCCAGCGGACAGCCUGUCCGAUUUGGGCAUGCUCCCUGCCAAGUGGGAGGAGCGGCAGACAGAACGCGGGCGGCGGUACUUUGUGAACCACCGAACGCGCACGACGCAGUGGGAGGACCCGCGCACUGGAUUGCCGCCAUCAACGGCCGACGCGGGCGUGAGCGCCAUCUUCUCCCAGGCGUUUGUGGACAAGAAGCGACACCUCCACUCGCUCAUCAAACGAACGAGACCACGUGGCAAGUGCGACAUCAGCGUGAGUCGCAGCCGCAUCUUUGAGCAGUCGUACAGCGCCGUGCUCGGCAUGUCCCCUGACCAGCUCCGCAGGGAACUCAGGAUCACCUUUGAAGAGGAGCGCGGCCUUGACUUUGGCGGGCCGACGCGCGAAUGGUUCUACCUCCUCAGCCACGAAAUGUUCAACCCGUACUACGGGUUGUUUGAGUACAGCGCCGCCGAUAGCUACACGCUACAGAUGAGUCCCACCAGCAGCGUCAACCCAGACCACCUGCGCUACUUCCAGUUCAUCGGGCGCGUUGUUGGCAUGGCCAUCUACCACGGCAGGCUGCUCGACGUCUUCUUCAUCCACCCUUUCUACAAGAUGAUGCUGCGCCGCCACAUCGCGCUGGCCGAUGUGGAGGUGGUGGAUGCAGAUUACUACCGCUCUCUUCAGUGGAUCCUUGACAACGACCCAACCCAACUCGAACUCACCUUUGAGGUUGAUCGUGAAGAGUUUGGAACGGUGACACAUAUUGAACUCAAGCCUGGUGGUGCCGACAUUCCCGUGACGCAAGACAACAAGGAGGAGUAUGUGAACCUUGUUGUGAAACACAAGUUUGUGGACCAGGUCGCCGCACAAAUGGACGCGUUCAUGGAGGGCCUGACUGCGAUUGUGCCCCUGGAUUGGCUGGAGCCGUUCACGUCACACGAACUCGAGCUCCUCAUCAGCGGCAUUUCAGAAAUUGACAUCCACGACUGGCGCGCACACACCGUCUACCUUGACGGCUACACCAACCGCUCACAGGUGAUUGGAUGGUUCUGGCAGGCCAUCUCCUCCCUCAACAUGCAGGAGCGCGCACGCGUCUUGCAGUUCGUCACAGGCACAUCGCGCGUGCCGAUGAACGGGUUUGCUGAGCUGUACGGAUCAAAUGGUCUGCAGCGCUUCUGCAUUGCCCGUCGUGGCGGUCGUUCGCAACUGCCGCGUGCACACACGUGCUUCAACCGACUGGAUCUCCCACAGUACCAGUCCUACGACGAACUUCGGGAAAAGCUGCUGUUGGCAGUUGAGAACACGGAGGGAUAUGAUGGCGUCGACUGAUGGCCACACCCACACACACCCACACACACACACACACACACACACACACACACACGCACACACACACACACACACACAAGAUGUACGAGCGCAGUGCAUGCUAGGGCAAACUGUACUCAGCUGCGUACAUCAACCCCGAUUAUUAUGUUUUCACUUACCGCCGACUAUUUGCCAUCAUUGAUCAUGAUCAGUUAGACAACAGUUCACUUGCUGUGUUGGUAACAAGAGCGCAGCAAUAACACACAGGCUUGAAAGAAGUAAAGAGCCGCACGCUAUUGUCAAUGCCUUUCAUACUUCGUCAGCGAUAAAAUAAAAAUGGAAGACAUAC